AUGAAGGGUUCAUCACUUCGCGCCCUCUCAAGGGCAUUGGCACGAGGAUCGCCUCUCACCCCAUCCACUGCCACCCGGGCGGCGCUCGUCCCCUCUCGGCGGCGGCACUACUCGACACACCCGCCCAAUGCGAAACUGAACCUCCCGACCGACUACUCAACAACCCCCCUACUAUCCCACUCGUCACAAUCAGCGCUGGCCAACCCAGAACUGCCACCCGAAGUGCGCAAUGGCACGACCAAGCGCAUGAACCUCUUCCAGGCCGUCAACGACGCGCUCUCCAUCGCGCUCGCCGAGGACGAGUCGGUCAUGAUCUUCGGCGAGGACGUCGCAUUCGGCGGCGUCUUCCGCUGCACGGGCAAGCUGGCCGAGACGUACGGGGCCGACCGGGUGUUCAACACGCCGCUGACGGAGCAGGGCAUCAUGGGCUUUGCCAUCGGCGUCGCCGCCGAGGGCAUGCGGCCCGUGGCCGAGAUCCAGUUCGCCGACUACGUCUACCCGGCCUUCGACCAGCUGGUCAACGAGGCCGCCAAGUUCCGCUACCGCGACGGCGCCUGCGGCCGCAGCUCGGGGGGGCUCACCGUCAGGAUGCCCUGCGGCGGCGUCGGCCACGGCGCGCUGUACCACUCGCAGUCGCCCGAGAGCCUGUUCACGCACAUCCCGGGGCUGCGCGUCAUCAUGCCCCGCUCGCCGCUGCAGGCCAAGGGGCUGCUGCUCUCGGCCAUCCGCAGCAACGACCCCUGCGUGUUCAUGGAGCCCAAGAUCCUGUACCGCGCCGCGGUCGAGCAGGUCCCGACCGCGUCGUACACGCUGCCGCUGUCCAAGGCCGAGGUGCUCAAGGAAGGGUCCGACGUCACCAUCGUGUCGUACGGCCAGCCGCUGUACAAGUGCGAGGCCGCGCUCAAGCAGGCCGAGAAGGAUCUGGGUAUCUCGGUCGAGCUCAUCGACCUGAGGACCAUCUACCCGUGGGACAAGGAGACCGUCUUCAACAGCGUCCGGAAGACGGGGCGGUGCCUUGUCGUCCACGAGGCCAUGGUCAACGCUGGUGUCGGCGCCGAGGUCGCCGCGGCGGUCCAGGAAGAUCCCGAGACGUUUAUCAGAUUGGAGGCGCCCGUUGCUCGGGUUGCUGGAUUCAGCAUACACACUCCGCUGCUGUACGAGGCGUUGAAUGCUCCGGAUGUCGCUAGUAAGUGUUGUGAUUCCGAGUGCUUAAUGAAUUGUGCUGACCCCAUCAGGAAUAUACGACAAUAUCAAGAAAGUACUAGAUUAUUAAACUGGAUAUUACGGAUAGGUUGGAGUACUAGGUCUUAUCCACUACUAAAAAACAGUGGACUUGCCCAAAUACACUUGACCGCGGCCAUGUCGUCCCCCAAGGCAAUUGUGUCCUCCUUCGUGGAGGGAGCUCCGCCAGGAGAGGCACGCACUCUCCUCCUCGACCGAUCCUCGCACCCUGACCUAACCGACCGUGUCGCAGACAUCAAAGCCCUAACCAUCUCGAGCCCGAGCCUGGUUGAUGAGCUAGGGCCCGCGUUCCAAAAGUACAACGAGGAGCAGUUCACGACGGUCAAGCUCCCGGGAAGCAGCCAACCUGUUCUCGUCAGCUCACACAACGGGCUGGGCGACGACCGCUACUACGACAUUGAGAGCUCGUGCAGUUUCGCCUUUGACCACACGACACAGAAAGCUAGCGCAGUUGAGAGCUACACUGCAGACGGCGAGGGCGCAGAUCUGGCAAAAUCGAUACUGAAGAACCUGUCGACGUACGUCAACGAGCACUUUACCAAUGCGGCCUACGGUGCCUACCCGAUAGAGAACGGCUCCAAGGUCGCCAUCGCCAUCGUCGCGAACAAGUACAGCCCGAAUAAUUUCUGGAACGGACGCUGGCGCUCCCUCUACAUCUUCGACGUCGCCUCGAGCGCCCUCGAAGGCUCCAUCAAGGUCGACGUGCACUACUACGAGGACGGCAACGUGCGUCUCCUGACCAACAAGUCGUCGACGACCUCCGUCUCGUCCGGGACCGGCACGGGCAUCGCCAAGGACAUCUCGGCCGGGGAGCGCAAGUACCAGGAGGAGCUGAACCGGAGCUUCACGAGCCUGAGCGAGGGCGCGUUCAAGGCGCUGAGGAGACAGCUCCCCGUCACGAGGCAGAAGAUCGAGUGGGAUAAGGUAGCGAGCUACAGGCUGGGGCAGGAUAUCGGUGGUGGGGCGGCAAGGAGGUAG